GUUGCCCUCAGUUGCCUUCAGUUGCCGCUUGUCAGUCGCCACGUACGGUUCGUACGGUUUCGGUUGCGGAUCCGGAUCCCAGAAAGUCUGCGUCGCGCUAAAAAUCAAGUUUACGUCGCAUUUCCAGAGCGGGAGUAUACCUAUAACAGUGAACUUAAUGCAAAGUUAGACGCGGAAAGCUGAGUUAGUAAAAUCAGAUAAAAUGUCUGGUAAUGACUUAUCCGUGACUGAGACAGCGCAAAGUGAUCAGUAUCAUCUGCCAGCCACUGCCAAUGCAGCUGCACAUCAUCAAUAUUAUCGCUACCACAAGCAGCAACAGCAACAGCAGCAGCAGCAACAAAGCUGCCUGCGACAGCAGCAAAGACAAUUGCAGUGGGAGCAGCAGCAGCAGCAACACCAGCAACACCAACAACUGCAACACCAACUGACCAAUAGCUCCAGCGAGUUUGACGAGUUCCACUGGCCCAGCAAGCAGACGGGUGGCGAAAACCUGGGUGGGAAAAUCUAUAUAACACCCGCAGACAUACCGCCGCCACCUCAGCCGCCCCAGCACAGCGGCAGCAACAGUCACAGCCACCACAAUGGCAACAAGGGCAGGCAGCAUCAGCAGCAGCAACAGCAGCAGCCACAUCCCCACCCUCUGCUCCAUUCCCACAUCCACCCACAUCCUCACCCGCACCACCAGCAUGGACAUCGCACGCCGCCGCACCGCUGCAAAUGCGAACACCCAUCCAUCGAACUGAUGGGCUACGAGGACUCGGUCAUCGCCACCGCCACCGCCAGCAACACGGCCGCCAAUGUGGGCGUGGCAGCGGGCGUGGGUCGCCACCAGCACCCGCCCUACUACUACAAGUCGGCGGUUGGCCGGAGGUCGAGCGCCAAGCUCCACGAGUCCAUGCUGGGCGGCGGGAGCAGUCUGGAGGACGACGACGGGACCAGUGCCGGCAGCUUCGGGGAGGGCAUGUCGCGGUUUAAGAAUCUAAUGCACACCAAGGAGAAGAAGCGUCGGGUGCGGAUCAUCCUCAGCGUUCUGACAGCGGUCAUAGCGGUAGCUCUUUUGGCCACUGCCCUGGUAUUCAUUCUCCGGACGGACGAAGAGGAUGGCUCAGACGACUCCAAUAACUCCAAUAAUGCCAUCGAUCUGGAGGACGUGCUGAGCGGGCAACUUUAUGCCAAGCGCUUUAACGGAAGCUGGAGCAAUGGCAACAGUCUGAUAUACAAGGAUAACGCGUCUAUUAUGGAAUUCGAUGCCAAGACGGGAGUACGAUCCGUACUGCUCGAAAACUCCGCGCACUAUGUGCUGUAUGAAAAGUCCGCCGAUGGACUGUUUCUGCUGCUGGCGAAGAACUACAGAAAGAACUUCCGGUACAGCUUCCUCGCGGAGUACGAUCUGUACGACCUGAACACGAAAACGUUUACUGCGCUGACCAUCCAGAAUGUGCAGCAGUAUCUGAGCAUGGUCCAAUGGGCGCCGGUGGGCAAUGCCCUGGUGAUCAACUUCAAUCGGAAUCUGUACUAUAAGCAGAGUGCCCUGGAGACGGAGAUCGCGAUCACCAGCGACGAGCAGGAGGGCGUACUCAAUGGCAUUCCCGAUUGGGUGUACGAGGAGGAGGUGUUCAGCUCGAAUGUGGCCACGUGGUUCAACCCGUCGGGCGACCAGUUGGCAUUCAUCAAAUUCGAUGACUCUUCCACGAUUCCGAUCAGAUUCCCCUACUACGGCGAUGCCGGAGAUCUCCGAUACCAGUAUCCGUUGCACCAGUCGAUCGCCUAUCCCAAGGCCGGAUCCUCAAAUCCGCGGGUGGAACUGGUGAUGGUCGAUCUGAACAGGGCCGUUUCUGGAAAGGAUUUCCUGACCGUGAUGCCGGUGCCGCCUGCCCUUAAUACUGAGACCGACUACAUUGUUACCGUGGUCAGUUGGGUGGACGACACCCAUGUGCUAUCCAUCUGGAUGAACCGCAUUCAGAAUGCCGCGUACGUUGUGACAUUCGACGGGCUCAGCAGAAGUGUGAUCUACAGUGCGGAAUCCAAGACCGGCUGGGUGGACCUCUAUACCGCUCCCUUCCGGAACCGCAACGGAUCCCGUCUGGCCUUCGUCCUGCCGCACAACAACUACAAGCACGUCCAGCUCCUCAGCUCCAAGGUGGCCAGUGCCGAGCCACAAACUCUGGAGCCCCUGACCGAGGGCAAGUACGUGGUGGACAGCAUCCUGCACUGGGACGGAGCCAACGACAUUAUCUUCUACACCGCCAACACCGAGGAUCAUCCCGAGCAGCUGCAUCUGUACGCCAUUCGAGCCCUGGCCAAACAGAACCCCAAGUGCCUCACUUGCAACCUGAUCACGUCCGGGGAUGUGCCGCAGACCUACUUCUCGGCCACCUUCAACGACAAUAACCAUAUUGUGAUCACCUCGCUGGGACCCGGAAUUCCCACCACACACAUUUACGAGUGGAAAUUCGAAAACUCCCAAGUUGUCAUCUCGAAUGUCAUCGACUGGGAAACCAAUGAAAGCCUGCGUGCCAAAUUGAAGGGCGUGGCCCUGCCCUCGCACAAGAUCCUGACAGUGAACAUUGACGGUGGCUUCCAGGCAAAGGUUCUGCUCCAGCUGCCCCCAAAUUUGGACACUAGUGGCGCAACCAAGUAUCCCAUGCUAGUGGAUGUCUACGGUGGACCAGAUUCCUAUUCUGUUACAAACAAGUGGAUGGUGGACUGGGGCACCUAUCUGACCUCAAAUCAGUCUGUGAUCUAUGCCAAGAUCGAUGGUCGAGGCUCUGGACUUCGUGGCGAGAGUCUCCUCCAUGCCAUCUACCUAAAGUUGGGCACCGUGGAGAUCAGUGAUCAGAUUAACGUUACCGCAACCCUCUCGAAGAUGUACAACUACAUUGAUGCUGAUCACGUUGGCAUUUGGGGCUGGUCAUAUGGUGGCUACGCUGCAGCCAUGGCUCUGGCCAAUGAUAACAGCCAAGUCUUCAAGUGUGCAGCCUCGAUAGCUCCAGUCACGGAUUGGGCCUACUAUGAUUCCAUUUACACAGAGCGCUACAUGGGUCUGCCCAACACGAAUGAGGUGGGCUAUGCCAAUUCCAGACUGAGUACGAUGGCCGUGAAGCUGCGGGGCAAGAAGUAUUUGCUGGUUCAUGGCACACUGGAUGAUAAUGUGCACUACCAACAGGCCAUGAUCUUGGCCAAAAAUCUGGAGAGACAGGACAUUCUCUUCAAGCAGAUUAGCUACGCUGACGAGGAUCAUGGUCUGGCCAACGUGCGACCACAUCUGUACCAUUCGUUGGAUCGCUUCUUUGGCGAUUGCUUUGCCAGCAGUCGCCUGAUGAAAAGUGCCAAAUAAACAGGGCAAUAAGUGCAUCAUAAAGGCAGAUAAAAGCACAGACAUUAUAGCUAUAAUUGCCAGAUAAUAUCAAGUAAUGAUUAGCAGUUUUGACACAUUUUUUCAGCUGCAACUAGAAAAGAGAAAAACAAGAAUUGGUACUUAACAAGUUAAUAGAUUGCAAAUUAAACAAGAACUUUAAACAAACUAUUUAAUCAGACAAUUCAAAUUGAUAUAAAGAUCAAAAUGCUUAAAGAGAACGAUUAAAACAAAACUAUAAAACGACAUAAUGCAGGUCCAAAAGUGUUAUAAGAUAACUUGGAACAAUAAUCUUUUCAAAUUGCAUUUUAAGACAUUUUAAACUUAAAAACAAAGGGUAAAAUUACAAGAAAUUAUUUAAAAUAGCUGCAAUUGAAGGAAAAAUUGUCUAGCUAGUGCCUGAUUAUAUUGCUAAUGUAAAACCUGUAUUGUAGAUAUUGCAAUUCAAUUAUAAAUUGUGUAUCCAAAAACUUUGCAAGCGCUUCAAUUUAAGCUUACCACUCCUGAUUCUGAAUUUUAAAUUGGUAACAAACUUCCUGUAAAUUAAAUAUAAUGAAAACCCAAAGUAGUUUGUAAUUUUUUGUAGCUUAUUAGUUUGCUACUUGUAUAAAAGUAAAACAAAUUGUAAAUAAUAAAAAAACAUAGUUGUUAAAAGGCUUUUUGUAAAUUAGAAGACAUUGUGUAUAGGCAACCGUUAAAAAGGCAAGAAACAAUAAACACUUAAAUUAAUAAA